AUGCAUAUCGAGGAGAUUACCGACAAGAUGGAGGAGACUUUAAAGGUCUCCGAGCCAGAGCAGGCUGCACCUCAACCUCAACCCAGCGCAGCAGAAGAGACAAAACCCCAACUUCCACCAGCGCACGCUAUCGCCAGUGGAAAGACUGUGGAUGAAGUAUGGGAGGACCUGAACAAGUCGCCGCUCUUCAUGACAGAUCUCGAUGCUAGUGAGGAGAAUGACGAUAUCGCUGCUUUGCAGGCCCUUGCCUAUGAGGGUACUCCUCUUGAGAACGGCCAAGAGUUCAAGGAACGCGGAAAUGAAUGCUUCAAGAUCAAGAACUACGUUGAUGCCAAGGAGUUUUACGGAAAGGGCAUUGCUAUUCUUGCGGGAGAGGAGCGAAAGCGCGCCAGGGGAGAGCAGACCAAGAAUCAGGAGGGUGUGAUUGAUACGGAAGAGGAGAUUAAGAACCAGCAAGAAACUUUGGAGGCGCUGUAUGUCAACCGUGCGGCUUGCCAUCUUUCUGUCAAGAACUACCGCAGCUGCUGGCUAGACUGCGCUGCAGCGCUUCGCCUCAACCCUCGCAACAUCAAAGCUUACUUCCGAAGUGCUCGGGCUCUUCUUGCGGUGGAUCGCAUCGAGGAGGCCGAUGAUGUGUGUGCUCGUGGUCUUUCACUAGACGAGUCAAACGCAUCGCUUCGAGCUGUAGCAGAUGAUAUCAUCAAGCGAGCCAAGGAAAUCGAUGCACGACGAAAGAGGGACGCAGAGCGCGAGGCUAAGGAGAAGCGACGAGCUCUGCUCAUCAAGGCUGCUUUGCGAGCAAGGAACAUUCCCACACGUACAACGCCUCAGCCACCAGAGAUGGAGGACGCGGGCAUUGCGCUCCUGCCAGACCCUGAUGACCCUCGCAGCACGCUUGCUUUCCCAACAGUGUUGCUCUACCCUCUCCACCUGGAAUCUGAUUUCAUCAAGGCGUUUGAGGAGACACAUUCGCUUGAGGAUCACCUGAGCUACAUCUUUCCUUUGCCGUGGGACAAGGAGGGUGUUUAUACGACUGCGGGUGUGGAGGCGUUUGUGGAAACUGCCCAGGGCGGUUUGCUCAAGAUGGGUAAGCGAGUGCCGCUGCUCAAGGUUUUGGGAACCGGCAAGGUUGAGGUCGUGGAUGAGGUUGUAAGAAUCUUUGUUGUGCCCAAGGAUAAGGCUGAGGCCUGGACGAAAGAGCAUAAGGCGAAAAGGGCAGCUGAGAAGGGACAGGCGAGCUGA